CAUCAUCCGGCCAGCUGAUCUUUCUUAUGGAGCCGCCGCCGCGGCUGUGGUUCUCCAACAGCACCGGCGCGAGGGUGUCGUGCGCCGCGCACGGCUCUCCCGCGCCGCUCAUAUCCUGGAUGAGCGAGGAUGGUGCCCCUGUUACAGAUGUACCGGGACUUAGGGAAGCUCUACCCAACGGCACGCUGUGGCUGGGCCCGUUCUCAGCGGCGCAGUACCGGAGCGAUGUGCACGCGGCGGUGUAUCGCUGCCGCGCCGCCAGCACCGUCGGCGUCAUCCUCUCCAGAGACAUGCGCCUUGAAGCAGUGAUGGACGUUUCGUGGGAGGUGCGCGUGCAACCGUCUCAUGGCAUGGCUGGUGGGGCCGCGCUGCUGACCUGCACCGCGCCAGCAGCCGCCAGGAGCCACGUUACCGUCACCAGGUGGUUCAAGGACGGCACUGUACUGGCACCACUGGCGGCUGAAGCAGAAGGGCGGUACAUCAUCGGUGGAAGUCGUAAUGACAUUCUAGUGGUGCGCGACGCCCGCCCUGAUGACGCCAGCUCGUACUCGUGCGAGGCGCAGCACGCGCUCACUGGAGACAAGAGACGCAGCCCGCCAGCCAUGCUCGCUGUUUCACAUGCAACUGGCAGCAUGGCGCCUCGCAUGCUGACGGUGUCUGAAGAUGAAAUGGUGCUGCAAGGCGGAGAUAUACGGCUCGUCUGCUGCGCUCUUGGAAGCCCUCCACCCACUUACAGUUGGUUCCGCCACUCCAACGGCCGGUUGAGUCCAGUUUCCAACAGCAUUCGUAUAUCAGUCUCCGAUCAGGUGCUGAUAAUCCGCCGAGCUCAGAUUUCUGACGCGGGAGUGUGGACGUGCAGAGCUCACAACCAGUAUGGAGAGCAGAGGAAGGAUGCCAGGCUGAGAGUCAGGGCCAGGCUGGUGGUCAGCAUACACCCUCAAUUGCAGGUGGCCAACUCAGGCAGCUCAGUGACCUUCAACUGUUCGGUGGAAGGAGGAGACGCGAGGGUUCGAUGGCUUCAUGACGGAGUGCCUGUAGGCGGCGGGGAACGAGUGCUGAGGGUGCAUGGAGUGGUCAGGGCACACAGAGGCAUGUACCAGUGCUUUGCGGAACGGGACCUGGACAGCGCGCAGGCUGCUGCUGAGCUAAGGUUGGGAGACACGGCGCCGGAGCUGCACUACACGUUCAUCGAGCAAGCCCUGCACCCGGGGCCGGCGCUGGCGCUCCACUGCGCCGCGUCGGGAUCACCACCGCCGCGGUUCACCUGGCUGCUCGAUGGACAGCUGAUCGAGGAACACAAUACACCGCAGAGGAGCAUAACUCAGUUCAUGAACCCGAGUGGCGACGUGGUGAGCUAUCUGAACCUGACGUCGGUGAGGCCCGAGGACGGCGGGCGCUACACGUGCCGGGCGCACAACGCGCGCGGCGCUGUGGACCACUCCACCAGGCUCAAUGUUUACGGUCCUCCAUCGAUAAGGAACACUGGUCCUGUACGGGUGGUGGCUGGCGUCAACACCACAAUCUACUGUCCCUACUCAGGAUUUCCAAUCAGUGAGAUUCGAUGGCAGCGCGGUGGAAUGGAUCUGUCGACGAGCGGCGGUCGAGCGCUAGCGGGCAUCAACGGCGACUUGCUCCUGUGGCCCGCCGAGCCCGCUGACGCUGGAGUCUACUCGUGCAGGGUCACCGCACCUUCGGGACAGUACGCGCAGAAAGAUGUGCAGAUAUUCGUCAGAAAUCCACCAAAAAUCGCGGGUUUCACGUUUCCUGGAGACCUCGUUGAAGGCAGUUCUAUUCAGGUGCUAUGUGGCAUCACAUCUGGAGACAAGCCGGUCUACUUUUCCUGGCUCAAAGAUGGGCUGCACAUUCCUUCCAGUCUGCAGGUCCAAGAGAAAGCGCUGGACGAGUUCAGCUUCCUGAUCUUCUCCCACGUAACAUCUAAGCACAGCGGCGACUACACCUGCGUCGCCAGUAACUCGGCUGCUGAAGUCAACCAUACUGCCAGGCUAGCUGUUAAGGUGGCACCCUCAUGGCUGUAUGAGCCCCAAGAUGUAUCAGCGCUGCUGGGGACGCAGAUUGUAGCGCAUUGCGCCACCAAAGGCUAUCCAGAACCAAGAAUCAGUUGGCUGAAAGGACAUGGUUCAGGAGUGAGUGAUUUCCGACCGGUGUCGAACAUGGAGCUGCAGUUCUCAGUGUUGUCUAACGGGUCGCUAAGCAUCGCGCCAGCAGCCCAUCACCACGAAGGGCAGUACAUGUGCCGCGCCGAGAACGGCAUCGGACGAGGGCUCAGCAAGAUCAUCACUGUCUCUGUUAAUGAACCAGCUCACUUCGAGUUUUCAUCCCGUAACAUGACAGUGAAGCGGACGGCUCAAGCGAUCCUACAGUGCGACGCGCGAGGAGACCCUCCCAUACAGCUGCAGUGGACACAUAAUAUGAAGAGAGUUGACCUCACUACAUACAGAGUAUCGGUGUCAGAAAAAAGGUCAGACAGCGGUGUUAGUUCUCAACUCACCAUCGCCCACGCGGAGCGACCCGACUCCGGAGUAUACAGGUGUCGAGCUGAGAACGCGUACGGGAGGGAUGAACUGCUCAUCUAUCUCGCUGUGCAAGAGCUGCCCGAGGCGCCGGGCGCGGUGGCGGCGGGUGCGCGCGGCGGUCGCGGCGCGGUGGUGCGCUGGCGGCGCGGGUACGACGGCAACGCGCGGCUGCACGCCUACCGCCUGCAGUUCCGCGUCGUGUCCGACGACGCCGCCGCGCCGGCCGACUGGACCGACGCGCCCGUGCGGGACGUGCCGCUCGACAGGAUCAUGGAGAAGCAGGAAUCGUCACAACCAGAUUCGGAGGUGAUCCUAGAAUAUCGAGUGGAUGGGUUGCGACCAGCUACUACGUACGCGAUGAGACUCGCCGCCGUCAACGACAUCGGAGACAGCGACUACUCUGAGCCCGUCAUAGUACAAACUCUGCAAGAAGCUCCGUCGGAGCCUCCGCACAAUGUGCAAGUUCAAGCAACAGGCCCAGAUGAACUCUUGGUUAAAUGGCAGGCACCGCCGCAGGACAGCUGGAACGGCGAGCUGCUCGGCUACGCAGUGAGCUGGCGCGAGGUGGGCGGCGCCGGCCUGCUCGCGCACAACAACACGCGCACGCUCGUCGCAGCGGGCUGGCGCGCCGGCGCCACGCUCGGGGGGCUCAGGGCGAGAGCUCAUUAUGAGCUGAAAGUGCGCGCCUAUAAUAAGCUGGGAGCUGGCCCUGCUGCGCAACCUGUUACUGCACAUACUCUUGAAGGAGCCCCGGAGGGAGCGCCAGUGCGCGUGUCGUGCGGCGCGGUGUCGUCACAAGCAGUGCGCGCAUGGUGGCAGCCGCCGCCGCUGCACCUGCGCGCCGGCCUGCUGCUCGGGUACGAGAUACACUACGAGUCCAUGGACGACCCCAUGAGCCCGGUGGAGACGCACCGGUCGGGCGGGCUGGAGACGGUGCUGCAGUCGCUGCAGCGGGCGGCUAACUACUGCGUGUCGGUGCAGGCGCGCACUGCGGCCGGCGCCGGCCCGCUCUCCGACCCCGCCUGCUGCACCACGCACGAAGACAUUCCAGGCGCUCCAGCAGAUAUAAAAGCGACGGCAAACACAGAGGACACGGUGAUCGUGAGCUGGUUGGCGCCGGUGCAUAAGAACGGCAAGAUCAAACACUACACGGUCUACAAUAGGCCUCAGAGGACAGGCCAGCAUUCGCAGCUUAUGGUAGUGCACAAAGAGGACGAGCAGGAGUACCAGGUGGAGGUGCGCGGCCUGCAGGAGCACCAGCUGUACGAGUUCUGGGUGACCGCGGCCACAGCCUCAGGCGAGGGGGAGAUGAGCGCUAUUGUAGCCAGAAAACCUAGUGGGAGAGCCCCAGCAAAGAUCACAUCCUUCGGUCGUCGGCUGGAGGUGUUGACCGGUCAGCGGGUCGUACUGCGGUGCGGCGCAGCUGGCAUCCCCGCCCCGCACCGCACGUGGUCCCGACACCGCCCCGCGCCGCCUAUGCACCAGGAUCGACGUUACUUAAUUGAUGGACAGCAUCUGGUUAUACUUAGCAUAGACGAAGAGACGGCAGACAACUACUCAUGUACGGUGCGCAACGCGUGGGGCGAAGAGCGCGCGAGCUGGCACGUGGCGCUGCUUGUCGCGCCCGCCGCCCCCGCGCCGCGCGCUCCCUCCGCCGCGCCCGCCGCCCUCAGCCUCGCUUGGGACAUGCCCAGGGACACUGGACCUCCGCUGAGGGGAUUCAUUUUGGAGUACAAUGAGCGCUCGUCCGAGCGUUGGGAGCGGAUUCGCCUACCAGCGACAGAUAGAGCGUUACGACUGGCCCGCUCGCUGCGGCACAACCUACAUAGUGCGGCUGCUGGCGCGCUCAGCUGUGGGCUUGUCGCCGCCGGGUCGGGACCUACUCGUAUCUACUAAAGGAGGCCCAUCCAAACCAGCGACAGAGAAGGACCUUAUCACCACAAACAGCUCCUGCCUUCGACUGAACCUUCUGACGUGGGACAGUAAUGACUGCCCCUCUCUCACUUCACUGUGUCAGUAAGGAGCUUUGA